ACGAAGUACACUUCCCACAGCUCCUACGCAACGGAAGUGACGUAAAAAGCAGACAGACUUGCAGGGUUCGGGUAAAAAUGGCUGAAAAUUUAGCUUCGAUAUUCGGGACUGAGAAGGACAAGGUUAACUGCUCUUUUUACUUUAAGAUUGGGGACUGCCGGCACGGGGACCGAUGCCCCCGGCUUCACAACAAACCGACCUUCAGCCAGACCAUAUUGCUGCCCAACCUGUACCGGAAUCCACAGAACACAGCCCAAACUGCAGACGGAUCACACUGUCACGUGAGCGACGUGGAGGUGCAGGAACACCGUGAUAACUUCUUCAAGGAGGUGUUCACGGAACUGCAGAAGUAUGGGGAGAUUGAAGACAUGAAUGUGUGCGACAACCUGGGGGACCACCUCAUGGGCAAUGUCUAUGUCAAGUUCCAACGGGAGGAGGAUGCAGAGCGGGCAGUGGCUGAACUCAAUAAUCGCUGGUUCAAGGGGCAGGCUGUGCAUGCUGGGCUGUCUCCUGUCACUGACUUCCGGGAGUCAUGCUGUCGGCAGUACGAGACGGGGGAAUGUACCCGCGGUGCCUUCUGCAACUUCAUGCACCUGUGACUCAUUUCCUGCAACCUCUGGCAACAGCUGUACGGGCGGUAACCCAGCCGCAGGUCACCCCCGAGGUCCUGUACUGACCACCGACCCCAAGAAAGGAACCAACGGCAUUCCCCAGAUCACUUCUGAUACUCUGGCCCCUUUCCCUUCACUCCUGACAGGCACAGAUGUUCUGGCCAGGACCAUUCCUCAAAGCCCUCUUCACUCUCCAGCUCUACCAUCCCCAGGUUCUGGGGCUCUAUAACGUAGACUGUUGAACAGAGACCUCCUACCACCCCUGCCCUAAUAAAGUUCUGUAUUGGUGGUUUA